UUCAUGAUGUAACAGGAGAGAAACUUCCGGAAGGUCGUGACGCUUGAGUUUGCGCAUUUCUCAGAGGUGAACCCAGAAGUUCAGGCUCGGUUCGGAGGUUGUUGUUCACUACACUGAUCUGAAGAUGUUGGUGGCGAGGCUGGCAUGCCUGCGGACUCUCCCUGUGGUCGGGCUGCGCUCAGCCUUGACCCAGGGCACCCCUGCCCUGCGGAGCUCCGCCCUCAAAACCUGCCCCCCUCUGCUGAAACCCCAGCAGGGUUUUUCUUCCAGAGCCCGGUUUGGAAUUCGGAGGAGUAAGACUGCUAAAGAUCAGCUACAGGAGGCAGCGUUCGAGCCAGCGACAGACACUGCUAUUAAAAUUGAUACCAUGGGCAGGAUGAUCCUGGCUGGCGGAGCAGCAGUCGGAAUGGGAGCGCUGUGUUAUUAUGGGCUGGGCAUGUCCAGUGAGAUCGGAGCUCUGGAGAAAUCAGUGAUAUGGCCACAGUAUGUGAAGGACCGGAUCCACUCCACCUACAUGUAUUUUGCGGGCAGUGUGGGCGUGACUGCUCUGUCUGCUGUGGCGGUCAGUCGGACCCCAGCUCUGCUUGGGCUAAUGAUGAGAGGAUCCUGGCUGGCUAUUGGAGCAACGUUUGCGGCUAUGAUCGGUGCAGGAAUGUUGGUGAGGUCAAUCUCCUAUGAGCACAGUCCGCUUCCAAAACACCUCGCCUGGAUGCUGCAUGCAGGUGUGAUGGGAGCCGUGAUCGCCCCGCUGACCCUGCUGGGAGGUCCACUAAUGGUGCGAGCAGCCUGGUACACAGCGGGCAUUGUGGGAGGGCUCUCCACCGUUGCAAUGUGUGCCCCCAGUGAGAAGUUCCUGAACAUGGGGGGUCCCCUUGCUAUCGGCUUCGGGGUAGUCUUCGCCUCCUCACUGGGCACCAUGUUCCUGCCGCCCACCACUCCCUUCGGCGCUGGGCUGUACUCCAUAGCAGUUUACGGUGGUCUCAUCCUCUUCAGCAUGUUCCUGCUUUAUGACACCCAGAAGGUCAUCAAACGCGCCGAGACACACCCCCUUUAUGGAGUGCAGAAAUACGACCCAAUCAAUGCAUGUAUGGGCAUUUACAUGGACACACUCAACAUCUUCAUGAGGCUGGUGAUGAUUUUGGCCAAUGGUGGUGGAGGAAGAAGGAAGUAGUCAUCAGGAGUGGCAAGAGGAAGAGGGGAAUGAUGGGAAGAAUUGAACUGAAUCUGAUCCGUUCUUGAGUUUAGGUUCUUUACUGUUUAAACUUGGUUGAUCGGAUUGAGAAGUUUCAGCUGGAGGACGCGCUGCAGCAUCACGGCUCUUAUCUCACUACUCUCAGUGUUGCAGCUUUGCUAGACUGUCCAUCAGAGUAAAUAUAAACAUCACAGCUGGGGCGGUGCUUAGGUGUGAUCCUCAGGACAGCGUGUCUGAAUUGAGCUCAGUUUAGGUUCAUUAAACAAAUUUUAUUUUGUAUUUUCUAUUUAAAAUGUGACUUAAGUGAUUGACAGGCAUGCUUGUAAAAAGAAGCUUCUAUAAAUAAUAAUUCACUUUUAUCUGCAGUCGACUCUAUUGAACGCACAGGAGUGAUCGUGAAGUGUGUCCAGGAGGCGGAGUUACAGGUGCAGUGUGUUUGAGGGCAAUGGAGAAUGUCUGCUGGUUUCUGUUCUUCUAUUACUUCUAUUGUUCAAUAAACUACAACUGCAUCUAC